UGCAACAAAUUGUCAAAUUGCAGUUUCAAUUUCGCUUCGCUACUCCACAUAUUUUAUCACCAGCUCUCUUUCUGCUUGGUCACUUCACCUGGAGCGUGAGAGAGCUAGAGCUACCGUUAAAUUAAUCAAUAGCGAUGGCGAUCCGACGAUCGGUUUCCGCGCGGUUUCUAGGAGUGAGAUCCAUGUCUUCGUGGUGGCGCAGCGUCGAACCAGCUCCCAAGGAUCCGAUUCUCGGCGUCACCGAAGCCUUUUUGGCGGAUCCCAAUCCAAACAAAGUUAACGUUGGAGUUGGUGCUUACCGAGAUGAUAAUGGAAAGCCUGUUGUUCUUGAAUGCGUUAGGGAAGCUGAGCGAAGGAUUGCUGGGAACAUGAACAUGGAAUAUCUUCCUAUGGGUGGGAGUGUGAAGAUGGUUGAAGAAACAUUGAAGUUGGCUUAUGGUGAGAGUUCUGAGUUCAUAAAAGAUAAGAGGAUAGCAGCAGUGCAGUCCCUGUCUGGGACUGGUGCAUGCCGACUUUUUGCAAACUUUCAAAAGCGUUUCCGUCCUGAUUCACAAAUUUACAUACCAGUGCCAACAUGGGCCAACCACCAUAAUAUCUGGAGAGAUGCCCAGGUCCCUCAAAAGACAUAUCAUUAUUAUCACCCAGAAUCCAGGGGUUUAGAUUUUGCAGCACUGAUGGAUGACAUAAAGAAUGCUCCAAAUGGUUCAUUCUUUCUCUUCCAUGCUUGUGCACACAAUCCUACCGGUGUUGAUCCUUCAGAGGAACAUUGGAGACGGAUCUCUCACCAGUUCAAGGUAAAGGGUCACUUUGCCUUCUUUGACAUGGCAUAUCAAGGUUUUGCUAGUGGGGAUCCAGAGAGAGAUGCUAAGUCCAUCAGGAUUUUUCUUGAGGAUGGUCAUCACAUUGGAAUUGCCCAAUCAUAUGCAAAGAAUAUGGGACUUUAUGGUCAGAGGGUAGGAUGCCUCAGUGUGCUCUGUGAAGAUGAGAAACAAGCUGUGGCUGCAAAAAGUCAGUUGCAGCAGCUUGCCAGACCCAUGUACAGUAAUCCACCUGUUCAUGGUGCGCUCAUUGUCUCUGUCAUACUUGCAGAUCCAGACUUGAAGAAAUUAUGGCUCGAAGAAGUUAAGGUGAUGGCAGAUCGAAUCAUUGGAAUGAGAGCUGCUUUACAAGAAAACCUGGAAAAAUUGGGCUCACCAUUAUCAUGGGAACACAUUACCAAACAGAUUGGAAUGUUCUGUUAUAGUGGGAUGACACCCGAGCAAGUUGAUCACUUGACAAGUGAAUUUCAUAUUUAUAUGACUCGCAAUGGUCGCAUCAGCAUGGCUGGUGUUACUACGGGCAAUGUUGGAUAUUUGGCAAAUGCUAUUCAUGAGGUCACAAAAUCUUCCUAAACCAUAUUCUGGGGAAGUCAUCGUAUAUUCUUCUGACAGUCAUUUAUACCCAACUACAGCUAUAUUAGAAAUUUAGAAGGGGGCAAAUUAUUCAGCACCAAUAACCGCACUCCUGCAAAGUUUCUGCGUUGUUUUUUUAUUUUUUUUUCCUAGUGGGCAAAUUAACAAAAGGAGAAUAAGCACACCUGGGCAAUUUUCCGAGGAUACUAUUGAGUUUGCUCUUUUUGGAUAGAAAUAAGUUGGAGCAGGAUUUUUUUAGUUAUAUAAAACUUGAAUAAUGCUAUUAUAUAUCGAAGGAUGGUUUUCAAAUCUUUUCAUUUAAGUGGGAGAAAAAGUAUAGAUAAAGAUAUGAAUUUUAU